AUGUCGGAAAAAGAAAAUUUAGUUCCACCACCAUACAACGGUUAUAAAUCAUCGUCAUCCGCCGAGGACGACUGCGUGGUGACACAGCUAGGAUCAUGUUCCCUACAACCACAUUCCGUACAAGUUACAUUAAAGCCACGACCACCUUUAACGAAUCCUCCACCGGAUUACCUCUACUUUGCUGUGGCUGUCACGCUAUGCUGUUUCUGGCCGACGGGACUUGUCGCUAUAUUCAGAUCAAUGGACGUUCGAAAGUCGGCAACACGUGGUGAUUCUUACUCGGCAGUUGAAGCAUCUCAUUCAGCUAAACAGUUGUCAUGGAUAUCGCUUGGUAUUGGAGUAUCUAUUAUAUUCACUGCUACAUUAUUGUACGUACUUUCCAAAAGAGCUUAA